AUGGUCUCCAGCAUCGUUGUCUAUGGCGGUUCGGGCGCACUUGGCCGUGCUAUUGUCACAGCCUUUGUCCAGAAGCAAUGGGCAGUGACAUCGAUCGACUUUGUCGCCAACCAGGAAGCGACCACCAACAUCCUGCUUGAGAAGAGUGAUUCACUGGAAGAGCAGGGCAAGCGUGUCAUUGGUGCCGUCGGUGGCCAGGUCGAUGCAAUCGUCUGUGUUGCCGGUGGAUGGGCCGGCGGAAAUGCUGCUUCCCCAGAUCUGUUUGCUAACUCAGAGCUCAUGUGGAAGCAAUCUGUGCACUCCUCUCUGGUUGCCGCCCACCUCGCGUCCAAAACCCUGAAGUCGGGGGGUCUGUUGACAUUGACUGGCGCCUACCCUGCACAGAAGGGCACGCCCUUCAUGAUUGGAUACGGCAUGGCCAAGGCGGCUGUUCACCAAUUGGUCGCCAGUUUGGCUGGACCCGACUCUGGAAUCCCCGCAGAUGCGAAGGUCAAUGCCAUUCUCCCUGUUACUCUGGACACGCCAAUGAACCGUUCUGGCAUGCCCAAUGCUGACUUUACCUCGUGGACGCCUUGCUCCGAGGUCGCCGAGACUAUCUACGCGUGGGCAACCAAUGCCAUUCCUGUUACCUCGGGUAAGCUUGUUGAGAUCGUCACCAAGGAUAGCAAGACCUCAUACACCGAGAAGUAA